AUGUUAAGUUUCAAUGUCACCUCUGUUAAUUGUGCACAAAGAGCUAACAACACGACCAUUCAGAAGGCUAAUCUGUCCACUUCUGGAACCAUAGCUCUGGCCACCGUAGUCAUCUUCACCAUAGUAAUGGAUGUCAUUGGAAAUGUGCUGGUUGUUUUAUCAGUGUUACGAAAUAAGAAACUGAGGAACACUGGUAACAUCUUUGUUGUUAGUUUAUCGGUAGUAGACCUGAUUGUUGCCUUCUAUCCUUACCCUUUAAUCCUAAUUGCCAUUCUCAAUGAUGGAUGGAUUAUGGGUGAUGUCCACUGUUUUGUCAGUGGGCUGGUCUUGAGCCUCAGUGUCAUUGGAUCUGUUUUUCACAUCACAGCCAUUGCAAUCAACCGCUAUUUCUGCAUCUGUCACAGCCAGUUAUAUGACAAAUUGUACAGCAUGAAAAACACCUACUAUUAUGUGGCAGCCCUUUGGGUUUUGACUGUUGCUGCAUAUUUACCUCUUUAUUUUUUUCAUUCACUACAGUAUGACCCCCGCCUAUUCUCCUGUACUUUCAUAUGGUCGGUAAGUUCCUCGUCUACCAUCACAGUAGAAGUUGCUCACUUCCUAGUACCAAUUAGUGUUGUAAUAUUCUGCUAUGCACGGAUCUGGAUUUUAGUUAUUCAAGUUAAGUACAAAGUGAGACAAGAUAGUAAACAAAAACUGAAACCCAAUGAAGUUCGGCAGUUCAUUGUCAUGUUUGUGGUUUUUGUACUUUUUGCUUCCUGCUGGGGUCCAUUCAGUAUUCUUGGUCUGGCAGUGGGCUUCAACCCCACACAAAUGGCACCUAAAAUCCCUGACUGGCUGCUAAUUUUCUGUCACUUUCUGGCAUACUUCAACAGCUGCUUGAAUGGUCUUGUCUAUGGAGUCCUGAAUCGUAACUUCCAAAGAGAAUAUAAACAGAUAAUUCUGAUGCUGUGCACAUCAAAGUGGCUAUUCCAGGACAGUUUCAAAUGUUGGGCACUGUGA